AUUAACAGUCAAAAACAGAGGAGAGAAUUGCUACAAAUUGCUGUGAAAAUGUUUUUGGUUUAUAUUCCAACGAUAUUGGCCUACACCUUCAUAUCACUGUUGGUGGUGAUACUGGGCUUUAUUGUGAUCUAUGUCAGUCAUAAAAUCUACGUGACCAUAUAUGAUAAUUUGCCGGUGGCCCAGUUGUCUUCAGCGUCGUCAUCAACAUCGAAAAUAUCGCAGGGCAUCAAAAAGAUGGCCAAAUCUAGUUCAUUAGUCACUGGACCAAUUGCAAGAAAAUCCAAAACAGCUUUAAGAAUUAUUGUUACAUUGGAACCCUGCUAUUUGGCCUAUGCUGUGUACAAACUACGAAAUGCAACAGCAGCAGCAGCAUCACAUACCUCAGUUGGAGCAAUGACAUCGGGUCAUAGUUGUUUUGGUUUUACGCAGGAGGUGGGGCCCAUUCAAGAUUUGUGUUCAUCAAAUAACUACCAAGGCAAAUUUGUGGUCCAGUAUUAUGAUAAUUUAUCUGCCAUACCUACAAGACGUCGGCUGCACCUACAUUGUAGCAAUGCCUGUGAUAUGGAGGCGUACUAAUGACAGACAGACAGACAGUGUUCUGCUUCGAAGUAAAACUAUGCCAAACAAAAAUAGAAGCCUAACAUAGCUACGCCUAAAAAAAAAACAAAA